GUAUCACCACCACCAACGCCCCACCGCUAGCACGCUUCCAUCCAUCCGCUCGUUUCGUACGACUUGGUACACCGUCACGCGCCAAUCGCUAAUCCCACCCCGUUCAUCGCUUCAAUACUACGUACCUAUCGGCGCGACAUCACGCAAGCUACCAGGCAGGCAACCAAACAAGACAAGUCAAGACAAGACGCCGCGGCCCGCACCGCAGCCUACGACCUUUACUGUAGCACAAGCACCAAGCAGCGCACGCCUUGCGCGCAACAACAACAACAACAACAACCAUGGCCACCACCGCGACGACAACCACAGACACGCCUUACAAAUUCCCACCGCACUACUCCUUCCCGCCCUUCUUCACGCUACAACCCGUAGCAGCAACGCGCCUAUCCCAGCUCUCGUCCUGGUCUGCGCACAUCCAGGCCUACUGCCGCGCGCACCGCCUCUUCCAGCUCUCCCUCAUCGACGCGCUCGACACGCCCCUCUUCGCGAACCAGCGGCUGGGCAAGCGGCUCGCGCUGCGCGACGCCCGCGCCGUGCUGGACUGGAUGUGCAGCGAGGACGGGGGCCGCCGGGCCGAGUGGCUGGACGCUAAGGACGGGAAGAAGAGCGCGGGCGAGGGCGGGCGGUGCUGGGUCUUUUGGCGGCGGCCCGAGGAGUGGGCGGCUGUGCUUGAGGGGUGGGUCGAGGGGACGGGACAGAGGGGGGUGGUGUUGACGUUGUAUGAGAUUGUGGAGAGUGAUGGGACCGCUGAUCAAGGUAUGUGUCUGUGUGUGUGUGUGCGUGUGUUUGGGUGUUUGUUGCGCUGCGGUGGUAAAUAUGGUUGAGGGAGAGUGAGAGAGAGUGUGCGAGCUGACUUGCCCUUCCCCCAAAUGCAGAAUUCCAUGGCAUGGACGCCGAG